AUGAAGCGAGUCGCCUCGUGCAGCUGCGAUAUCGACAAGGUGCCCUGUAUUUCGAUAUAUCCAGACCGACCAAAAAGGAAAAGUAUAUCCGCGCACAAGUGUAUCGCUACACGGUAUCUAAAAGCGCACCCGGGGACAAUCACGGUCGAGCGAUUCGGGCGCAAAUGCUGGAAUUAUGAGCAAGCAGUCAACAAUCAGUAUAGCCUCGAGGUAACACCAAACCCGUGCCCGCACAGGUUCGUUUUUACGCGGUUGCAGGAGCGGAUGAUUGAACUGGAGAACAAAGGUCAGCGAAAGAUCGGCCUCGAUCGCACCGCGGAUGAUUGGGAGAUUAUGGAGUUUGUCGGGGAUCUUGGGAAGAAAAAGAACAUCGGCGGAGGCAAGCACAGCCACUCCUGGUGGAUUCCCCAGCUAUACAGCGUGCUAUACCGGCGGGAUUGGUUGAUGGAUUUCAACAAAUUGCCACACAUCGCACAGGAAGUCUAUACCGAAAGGGGAUCGGCAUCAAAGGCCAAAUUAGGACAGGAUGAAUUCUUCUAUGCGAUGAUCUUGACCAAAGAACUGCUGCGGCGAGUCGAGGUCGAUAAUGGCUGGUGCCCGGAAUUUACGAAUGCGCUAUGGGUCCAGCUUAUCCUUGCUGAUCAGUGGUUUCGCAAUGUGCAGUUGAAGGCUGCCCAGACGGCGUUUAAACCGUUAGAGCCAACUGCCCCAGAGGACGAUGAGCAGCGCAAGGAGGUUGAAAUGACGCGGCAGGCGGGCGAUCGAGCACUCAAAGGUGGCCGAUAUGACGAGGCCAUCGAGCUAUAUUCUAGAGCCAUCAACCUGCAUUCCGCCAAUGCAACUACACGAUAUCAAAAGGUAAGCGCCCUGCUCUCCAAAGGGAUAUACUCCGCCGCGAUGCAAGAGGCCUCUAUCGCGGUUCGUGUGGCGCCCAAGAACGUGUGGGCGUGGCAUUAUCUCCGGAGAGCUUGCCUCCCGGCAGAGUCCCCGCCGGCCUACGUGACGGGCUCGCAAUGUCACACACACGCAGAACCUGGCAGCGCCAAAGCGGCGGACGAGAGGAAAAGCCCUGAGGUGUGCUGGAUGGCGGUUUCCACAAUUUCCCAACAGCAGAUCGAGGGCAUCAUCCGUCUCGCGGAAAAGAUGCAAUGGCCGUAUCUCGGCGAGGUCCGCGAGCAUGCGUGGCGAAUCUGUGAGGAUGUCUCAACGGGCAGAUGCUGGAUGGCGUUUCUCCACGACUGGUUCUGUGGGCUGAGCUUGCCCGGUGCCAGGUUCGCGGUGAACAUGAUGGCCGCCUCGAUCUUUUGUAGUCCGUAUAGACCGGAGGCGCUCCAGUACUACUGUCAAUAUGAGGGUGAGACGACCGGGGUUGUCUUUCAGGAUAAAUCGUACUGGAGGGUCCGCUCGACUUUGGGGAGAGUCCUGGGAUGCCUCCCUGGGGUCACUUCUGUUGGUGGAUGGAUAGGCCCAUGCCCUGCAGCUGAAGGAGUUGAGGUGCUGCGGGCCAUUUACCUCACUGCGAAGCAGGUCGCUCCGGUGGAGGUGAGCAAGCUCCCUUCCGACCAGACGUGGCAGUCAUCGCAAACUCCGACUUCCGCAACGGAUCUCAAGGACGAUGAGAAGUCGAAAAGCUCCCAAUAA